GAAUAUAUUAAAAUAGCUUUAGUUAAGUAUAUCGCACAAAAUAUAUUGAAAUCAGUCUUAGUUCGACUUUUGAUAGUGAAAAUUCUUGAACAAAAUUGAUAUACCCAAACAAAUUUGAUUAUUUUUUAUAUAGUGAAAAAAAUGUCUAUUACAAAGUUUUAUGAGAAUCAGGAAAUCUUCAUUACUGGAGGUUCCGGUUUUAUCGGUAAUGUACUAAUUGAAAAACUGAUACGUUCAUUUCCGAACUUUGCAAAAAUGUACGUUUUAAUUCGUAACAAAAAAGGAAAAUCGGUCGAUGAACGAUUACAAGAGGUUUUAAAUAAGUCUGUAUUUGACCGUGCACGAAAAGAACAACCUCAAGCAUUUUCAAAAAUAAUUCCCAUUGCCGGAGAUUGCCAAGAACUGGAACUUGGUAUAAGUAAGGAGGAUUUGGAGAAAUUAAAAAAUGUUAAUUUGGUCUUCCACUCCGCGGCCAGUGUUCGAUUCGAUGACUAUUUAAGAUCUGCUAUUUUAUUAAAUACACGCGGCACUCACGAAUUGGUUAAACUCGCUACAAAAUUUAAGCAAUUAAAGGCGUUUGUACAUAUUUCGACGUCAUAUUCGAACCCUGACAAACAUGUGGUUGAAGAGAGGAUAUAUCCGGCAUAUGCCGACUGGCGUACUACAAUCAAGCUGGCCGAAACCUAUGAUGUGGAAACUUUGAAUAUAAUUUUUUCGAAAUACAGUUCGGAUCAACCCAAUACGUAUAUAUUUACAAAAAGUUUAGCCGAGCACGUUAUUAAUGAUUAUCGUCACCAACUGCCCAUUAUGGUCUUUAGACCGUCAAUAGUGGUAUCUACUAUUGAGGAACCAAUUUCCGGUUGGGUUGAUAAUUUCAAUGGGCCAAUCGGCAUGUUGGUGGCAUGUGGCGUUGGCAUUUUACGUACAAGUUACGCUGAUCCAGAUAUUACUGCGGAUGUUAUACCGGUAGACGUAACGGUUAAAGCUCUUCUUAUAGCUGCUUUUAAAUUGGCCACAAGGCAAUCUAUACCCAGAGAAAUUUCAGAUGAAUUGGAAGUUAUUAAUUGUGCAAAUGCUACCAUAAAUUCGAUAAAUUAUGGUAAUGUUAUAAGACUAGGCAAAAUUUGUAUAAAAAAGAAUCCGUUCGAGAAAUGUCUCUGGUUGCCGGAGGGUAGUAUAACCAGAUGUGCUGUAUGGCAUUAUUUACGGCUUUUUACCUUACAAAUUGGAUUGGCCUUAAUAGUAGAUGCCCUUUUGGGCUUGGCCAAGCAAAAGCCGUUUCUUUUAAAAUUACAACGACGUAUUUGCGCUGCUAAUAGUGCUCUUUAUGUAUUUAUGACCACUGAAUGGAUAUUCUGCAAUGAAAAAUUUAAAAAUUUAGAAAAUUUAAUACCACCCGAAGAUAAAGAAAAAUUGAGCUUUAUGUGCUAUUCGGAUUUCGAUCAUGAGAAAUUUAUAUCACAUGGAAUCAAGGGAGCCAAACAAUUUCUAUUGAAGGAAUCACCAGAGGCCUCGAACCAAGCAAAGAUGCGUUUAAAAAUAUUUUGGGUUCUUCAUUAUUUAAUACAAUUCAUUGGCGUUUUCUUAAUUGGCAAAAUGUUGAUACGUUAUUUAAAGACAUAUUUCUAAAACAAAUUAAAGUACAUUCUACACAAAGAAUAAACAAUUUCUAAUUAAUAUGUAUUAAAAAAAAA